AUGCAUCUCCGGCACUUCACCAAACAGAAUUGGCAACCAUUUCGACGACGCCCAUUAGCCGAGAUCUCCGGCGCUGUCGGUGACCUAGGAACGUUCCUCCCCAUCCUCAUCGCACUGACGGUAAACAAAUCAAUCUCCCUGCCCAGCACGCUGGUAUAUUCAGGAAUAUGGAACAUCCUCACGGGUCUGUUCUUCGGUAUUCCACUGCCCGUGCAACCGAUGAAGGCUAUUGCAGCCGUCUCGAUUGCGGGGAAAUAUAACGCCGGUGAAGUUGCUGCUGCUGGCCUGUUUGUGGCAGCCUGUAUAUUCCUGUUUAGUGUCACGGGUGCUCUGAACUGGUUCUCGAGGAUAGUACCUAUUCCUGUUGUCAAGGGGAUACAGGUUGGGGCUGGGUUGUCGCUCGUUGUGUCUGCCGGCUCUACCUUAAAGAGUUCGCUAUCGUGGAUUCAGCCGUCCUGGGCGGAUAAUUAUAUAUGGAUGAUUGCAGCUUUCGUCGGGCUAGUGGUUACAAAUGUCUACAGGCGUGUUCCUUACGGGCUGUGGGUGUUUUUUCUCGGGCUGGUGCUUGCGUUCAUACGUCUUGCAGUAUCCGAAGACGAACAUGCCAGUUUGCCGGGCUUUAGGUUCUGGAGGCCAUGGAUUACGUUACCGAGUCUGCUAGAUUGGAAGUCGGGCAUCCUUGACGCGGGAAUCGGUCAGAUACCGCUUACUACGCUGAAUUCUGUUAUUGCCGUGGUGCAUCUGGCCGCAGACCUGCUACCGGAUAUACAAACACCGACUGUUACGGAGAUCGGACUAAGUGUGGCCGCUAUGAACCUGAUUGGCAUAUGGUUUGGGUCGAUGCCCGUGUGUCAUGGAUCCGGCGGCCUUGCAGCCCAGUAUCGAUUUGGCGCUCGUUCUGGUGCAAGUGUUGUCUUUCUGGGACUUGUCAAAGUCGUGGUCGGCCUGUUAUUUGGCAACACGAUUGUCGAUUUGCUGGCGAAAUUCCCUGUCGCCCUCCUGAGCGUUAUGGUGAUCGCAGCUGGCCUUGAGCUGGCUAGUGUGGGUGAGUCGCUGAACACGGCUUCGGCGUGGGAUCUGGGUAGACAUGGCAGAAGAUCAGGGCUGGCGGGGGCUGUAUCCGCGGUAUCACUGAACGACGCUGAGCGGAAGAAGAGGUGGACGGUGAUGAUCGUUACAGUCGGAGUGCUGGUUGCAUUUAAGAACGAUGGACUGGGGUUUGUUGCAGGAAUGCUCUGCCACUGGACUUAUGGGAUUCCUGCACUCGUCGACAAGGUGCGAGCUAGAUUCUCCCACGGCAGAGUAAGACUGCCUACCGACGCCUGA